AUGGUAGAUAUAGCACUAGAUUUUGCGGACGAUUAUCUUUUUGAUGAUUUAUACGCGCGUUUUUACCCGCGAGUUCAAACAAAUUACACCUUUAAUGCUAAUAAUGUAAUGCCUCGUGAAAAUAGUUAUAGGCAAAUUUUAUCAUUAUUCAUUCUUACAAAUUUCUUUGCAUACUUUUUCUACUUUUUCUUUUCAACGUUAUCAUACUUUGCUGUAUUUGAUAAAGAAUUAAUGAAACACCCGAAAUUUUUGAAAAAUCAAAUAGCGAAAGAAAUAAGGUUAUCUGCUAUAGGUUUUCCUGUUACUAGUCUCGCUACAGUACCUUGGUUUUUUGUCCCAACGCCUUACGCAUCUCACGCAUUUCACCCCUUAGAUGGAUAUGUUCAAUCUGUUCCUUAUCAUCUUUUCGUAUACUUGUUUCCUUUACAUAAGUAUAUAUAUGUAGGGUUAUUCACCUUUGUAAAUCUUUGGACAAUCAUGAUUCAUGAUGGUAAGUUCCUUACAUCCGGAUCAUUUAUCAAUGGUGCGGCACAUCAUGCGCUUCAUCAUUUAUAUUUUAACUAUAAUUAUGGUCAAUAUUUUACCAUUUGGGAUAAGUUUGGUGGUAGUUAUAGAAAACCUAGUGAUGAACAACUUGAUGAUAAGAAAAGGAAGGAUCAAAAUAUCUGGAAAAAACAAUCCACAGAAGUCGAUUCUUUUGAUGAGAAUGGAAAAGAAAAGAAAUCUUAA